AUGGAUCAGGGCUUUGAAGAUUCAGAGGAAGAAGAGGAUAAUGAGGAUUUUUUGCGGGCCUUGGAAAACAGUCUUUGUGAUCACAAGUAUGGGAGCGCAGGGAGUGAAGUUGAAGCCUACCAGGCUCAUGGGGAGUUGGUACGGUGGCCACUGGAGGUCCGAUUAGGCGUUGCAAGCUUUCUACUUUGGUCAGAACUGGUGGCAUACUCCUUGUUGUGCCGCGCGUGGCGAUUGCUGGAGUUGGAAGAUACACUCUGGCAGGUCUACUUCUCCACAACAUGGCCGAGACUGGCUCAACGAUGGGAGGCAAUCUUUGGUGAUUUUUCUCAACCAUGGCGAGUGCUUUUCCGAGCCCAGUGGGCGAGAGGCAACCACACGGAGGAUGCUUUGGAGGAGGAUUGGCUAGAUUUUAAUGCUGUACAAAAACUGAAACCACCGCCAGAUGCCUUGUCAACAUUUGAGUCAAACUUGCAGCAGGCCAUCUGUGAUUGCCGUAAGGACCUAUUUCAACAAGGACUGAGAGUGCCAAUUCAAGCAGAUGCUCAACACACGUGCAACAGCAAUUGUCGGUUGCACCGGCUGAACUUUGAGAAUGGCGACAUGUUCCUGUGCGAGGCCAGUGGCAAUUUGCAUCAGUGCCUUCAGAACAUACCCUGCGCCGGUUGCGUGGCUUCUCCAGAUGACUGCUUCCUGGUGUGCCCGGUCAGCGGUCGCUGCUUUCCCAAAAGCAGUACUGUGAAUGAGGAGGGGCCAGAUACACGCCACGAGUGGGACCCUGAGCUAAGUGCUGCUCAACAAGUUGGAAGGUGGUUUGAACAAGGAUACUUCAUGAGUGACGAGCAAGCAGCAGCUUCUUUCGGAGGCCGGCGGUCAAAAAGACAUUGUUCUGGCAUUCGAGUCGGGGCAUUCGGAACCCGAGAAGAUCAAAGCUCCCCCCCGCUGCGGUCCAAAGUGACUGAGACGUCGAAGUAA